AAGUCUUUUCAGAAGGGCGGGGUUCACUUCGACCCCUGGGAAACGCCAGAAACGUGUGGAGGAAAAUGUGUAUUACUCAGAUGCUGUGGCUACAGUCGGUGUCAGACGGAAAGCAAAUACCGAAGAUGCUGUGCACACGAAGACUUAUUAGUUUGUUAUAACCUAUCAGCAACACUUAUUAGCUUGUAUUUUCUUUCUGUAUGAAGAUACAAGAUCGGUUUAAAAGUAUUUGGUGAAUUCGAUACCAACUACCAAUAAAGCGAAAUUAAAAGACUUCGUUAAUUGAGGACUUAUUCUACUAAAAUCUACAAAACACAAUGGCAUUCAGUUCGGAUUGAAUGCACUAAAUUCAUUCUUUUAUUUAUAUGUAUUAUUUUGUUUUACACAUAGACUAUCGGAUAAACCCACGGAGGUAGUUCGGGGUACUAGGUAGGCUACUACACACAGCGCAAGUUUCUUCCCAUAGAAUGUACAACAUGGGAGCACGCGGGCACGCUUCGCGAUGCCCCUGGCUGCUUCUCUGCGCAGUUUUCGCGUUUCUUGCGGGGAGAUUUAUUCCACAAGCAGAAGCCGGGUGUGCAGAGAGAGAAAACCCCAACUGUUGCACUGGACGAAACAACGAAUGCCACGAAUUGUCCCGGCGAAGAACAGUUUGCUACUGUGACACAUAUUGCACAAAAACUGGGGAUUGUUGCGAAGACUACCAGCGUGUUUGUCAAAUAUCCGCAGCCAUUGACUGUGUGGUGGGUCCCUGGGCGGGGUGGAGCGAGUGCAGCGCCCCCUGUGGGGUGGGCAGCAAGGAGAGGAGUCGGCAGGUCACCGUGCCCCCCAGGAAUGGAGGGGCCCCCUGUCCCGACCUCAAACAGCGCCGGGGGUGUUACGGACACGGCCCGCUCUGCAGCUCCGCAAAAGAAGUGGCCAAAAUCCUGCCCGAUUCCUUCAAGAGGAAUUUUAAGGACCCCUGGAGACGGCCACACAUGCUCAUGAAGGAAGAAAUGCCCAGUUACUGUGUGCAGCUGCGUGUGAAACAGGCCAGCGCCCCCUGCAGGUUGAACAUGUGGAGCGCCCAGCUGGUGCGGGAGAGAUCCGUCUGUGCGGAGUGUCAGAGUGACGCCAUGGACAGCAACCAGCACUGCGGGGGAGACGGACUGGAGACCAUACGCACGUUCUGGACGGCCGCCUCAGUGCCUGGCUGUCACGGGUCCUGGGUUCGAGAGUCCUCCUCGGAGAACUGCCGGUGCCCCAUGCACUCUCUGCUCUUCGUGUAGCUCCGCCUCCCACGCCCCCGUGAGCGCGCUCACACGGACUCUGGCAUUACAGAGGGAACGGACUCCGCCCCUGCCCGAGAUUUGAGGAGAAGCAGGGGAAACUGUUUUCUUUUCCUGCUGAUGUCACUUACUGCAGCCUAACCCCACACACACUCACACACAUGCACACGCUCAUGUACACACACAUACACACACACACACACACACACACACGCACACACACACACAUGCUCAUGUACACACACCAACUUUAUAAGCACAGUAAACGUAUAUGUACCCAGCACUCUCUUCUUCCAAACACUCCUAUUGGUCUGUAGCUCUGAGACUCUACUAUCUACCUCCAUGAAUGCCGGUGCAUUAAGUCAUGCAUAUAUGUAUAAUAUAUAAAUGUUAUUUUUGCUUUAUAUAUUUUAAACUUUCUUGUUUUUUGGCUAAUUUGGUCAAUAGUACAUGGCUUCUCGACGUUACGACACCUUUAUGUGUGAAUGACAGGAAGAGAUCCGCUGCAGAGUGCCAUGCAGCCCAACACAGCACACACAGUCCCCACUAGUGUUUAAGUGCACACACAGUCCCCACUAGUGUUUAAGUGCACACACACACAGACACUGUACGUAUUACUGUGUAAGUGCACACACACACAUUGUCCUCAUUAGUGUGUAACUGCACACACACACAUUGUCCCCGUUAGUAUGUAACAGCACACACACAGUCCCUAUUAGUGUGUAACUGCACACACAGUCCCUGCUAGUGUGUAAUUGCACACACAGUCCCUGCUAGUGUGUAACUGCACACACACACAGUCCCCAUUAGUGUGCAACUGGACACACACAGUCCCCGCUAGUGUGUGUCAGCACACACACAUACAGUCCCUGUUAUUGUGUAACUACACACACUCAGUGUCCGUAAGUGUAUAACUGCACACACAGUCUCUGCUAGUGUGUAACUGCACACACAGUUCCCACUAGUGUUUAACUGCACACACACACACACUGUCCUCAUUAGUGUGUAACAGCACACACAUAGUCCCUAUCAGUGUGUAACUGCACACACACAGUCCCUAUCAGUGUGUAACUGCACACACACAGUCCCUAUCAGUGUGUAACUGCACACACACAGUCCCUAUCAGUGUGUAACUGCACACACAGUCCCUGCUAGUGUGUAAGUGCACACACACACAGUCUCCAUUAGUGUGCAACUGGACACACACAGUCCCCGCUAGUGUGUGACAGCACACACACAUACAGUCCCUGUUAUUGUGUAACUACACACACUCAGUGUCCGUAAGUGUAUAACUGCACACACAGUCCCCUUUAGACUGUAUAAGUCAGCUGUGCGUCUGCAGUACCGUCUCUCUGUUAUCAUCCCAAGGUAUUCCAGAUCCAGAACCCCAGCAUUAGCGCCUAUGUCACAGGGCCUGUCAUUAUUUUGGUCAUGGGAACAUUCCAGCUUACUGAUUUUUAAGAUGACACCCCCGCUGGCCACCCCCUUGCAUCGCCUGCCCGUCAACAGGACACAUUUUCCCUGAAUCCUUAUUUUUUGUUCCUGAAAUGUUUUUGUUGGUUACAACUGCUGUUUGGAUCAAAGAACCCCACACUGAGGGUUUUGAGCAACCCUACUUUCUGAGAAUUUCUGUCUGUGGGGGAUUAUCACUCUGUUAAUUUAUCUUGAGUUUCCUCCAAAAAGUGUAAUGAAUGAUGGAAUGUCCGCAUGUAUCUCUCCAACAUGGGGAACCUUUCAAGGCAGGAAAGAAGGCAAGGGCAGGAAAGUACAAGCUGAACAUUUGCUUCAGCAUAAAGUAAACAGCAGUGUGAUUUCAGAGGAGGAGGGAGGGAGAAGGUCUGGAUUGCAUCUCCUGAGCAGAGAAAGGCCUGAAGCAGCAGCCCACACUGAAACCUCCCAUCUGUUAUGGAGGAGGAAGGAGGACAGGGAGCUCUGAACAGCAAGGGAGUCUCCUGCUCAGCACAGCAGGUUUAACUCCAGUCCUGGAGGGCCGCUGUGUCUGCAGGUUUAACUCCAGUCCUGGAGGGCCGCUGUGUCUGCAGGUUUAACUCCAUUCCUGGAGGGCCACAGUGUCUGCAGGUUUAACUCCAGUCCUGGAGGGCCACAGUGUCUGCAGGUUUAACUCCAGUCCUGGAGGGCCACGGUGUCUGCAGGUUUAACUCCAGUCCUGGAGGGCUGCUGUGUCUGCAGGUUUAACUCCAGUCUUUGAGGUCUGCAGCAUCUGCAGGUUUAAGUCCAGUCUUGAUUAACUCCAGGCAUCAGCUCAGUGAUUGGCAGAUGAACAGGCAGUGAUAGAAAGGGAUGGAUGCACACUUUUUUAAUGGAAAUUAUCACCAAAUAUUGACAUAAAAAUCGGAUUAUAAUAUGAGCAUCUUCAAUGCCUGUAAAAUACUGAAAGAUUAAGCCCAGUCUCUGGGGUUUCUGUGGGACGAUUAUUCAGUGUAUGUCUGUCAUUCCACAUUUAUUUCUAAUUAAGUAAUUAAAAUGAAUUAUUUUUCAUUAACAGCUAUUUUUCAUGAAUGUAAGCUUGUUCUCCAGACAAACAAUGUGGUCACUUUCAUGUGUUUAAAUUGUAGUUAUCAGAAUAAUAAGCUGCUUUUGACAAUCAUACCGAAUGGACCAAGUACAGAGAUAUUGUAUGGUAGUCCUUUUAUACCUAUAGCAUGCUCCCCAUGAGGGCAGCAUGUAGCCUAGUGAUAAGGUGCUUGUCUGGAACCCAGAAGGUUUGUGGUUCUAGCCCUGGUGUAGCCACCAUAAGAUCUGUGCAGCUGUUGGGCCCUUGAGCAAGGCCCUUAACCCCACAUUGCUCCAGGUGGGAUUUUCACCUGCUUAGUCUAAUCAACUGUAAGUCAUUUGGACAAAAGCGUCAGCUAAAUAACUAAUGUAAUGCAAGAUCUCCUGUGAUCUGUUAUUGCUCUCUACUGUGGGUAAAGAAUCUUUGGUGAUUAACGCCAAAUAAUAUUUGGCAAAAAUAAAAAACAUAUAUAUACAGUAUAUAUUAUUGGUUUAAAUAGCUCAUUUAGCCACUACACCUUCCUGUUUAAAUAUAUGGAUGUAAUGGAUGUGUAACACUGACGCAUGCUUGACUCUGAUUUUACAGUUCACAACCUGCAAUAUUUUAUAUUCAAAAAAUAAAACUAG